GACUAUUGUCCAUAUAAUUUGCACAUUCCCAACUUUCUCGUGCGUAAAAACUGCCACGUUGUACGUGUAGAACAGCGUAGAAUUCAGCUAAGGUAAACGCUUCAGAACACCGAUAGGUUUCGCACUUCAUCAUUUCUUCUGGACGUUACGUGCACCUAACCAAAUAAAGUACUGGAUGGACUUAAAGUCAACAAUGCAUUCACGACGUGUUGGACCUUAUGUUUUGUUUCUGUUCGGAUUUUCUGGAUUUUGCGCGAUAGUGUCAUAUAAGGUAAUCUUCAGUGGAAGAGGUUCCAAGAAAGGUUCGAACCCGGACCUCAUUUGCCAACCGGAAGACCUCCUAGACACGCUCUUCAUACAGGAAGUGAAGACAAACCUCACAUUGCGCGUACCCAGUGCUGACUUCCUGUUGUCACGUUCCAGGGAGGAAUUGGCCGUGCUUUAUCACAGGUACAUAGAGUUGCCUCAGUUGCGAUGUGACCGGAAGCUGCGACUCGGUAACCAAGACGACGGCGGCUGGGACCUCUGUGAUGACAGAAACUUCCGGCCUGAGAAACCGUGCAUCGCUUACUCCUUUGGGAUCAAUAAUGACUUCAGUUUCGACGAUGCUGUUUCGAGUGAAUACGGUUGUACCGUGCAUUCGUUCGAUCCCAGCAUGGAUCUAAGGGACACACAACGCGGUCAUUUAAGCUACUUCCACGCGAGAGGAAUUUCCCACAUGGACCAGAUGGUUAAAGUGGGUGACACUGACUGGGAACUCCUAAAAUACAAUACCAUUCGACGGCGCCUAGGCCACGAAAGUGAGACGGUAUCUAUUCUAAAAAUAGACGUCGAGGGUUACGAAUGGGCGGUGCUUAAGGACAUCAUGGAAGAUUCGAAUUUAAUCGGCACGAAAAAUUUAGCGGUGGAAUUCCACCUUGAGCUAAGUGGCAAAGAACAAGGCAAAUCGCGUUAUUUACAGGCACUGGACGUUUUACGGCAAUUGUAUGAGAGCGGAUUUCGGAUCUUCUGGUCUCAUCAAAAUCAUUAUUGUCGCUUGGUAUCAAAGUGCCGGAAAGAAGUUAGAACCAAUUGUCACGACGUCAGCUUUGUGAAAAUCAGUUGAAAGACAAAAACAAAUCGACCUUAAAGAUUAAAGAAGUGUUUUAAAAAAAUCCAACUUAAUUUGGCAAAUGAGUAAGAACCUUCGUUCGUGGAUAUUAAGUUUGCUGACGCAGAUGCAAAGGCUACAAGUUAUUAAAAGCACCUCCAGAAAUGUUGUGGAGUUAAUUUAACAAAAGUCCCUCAUAUUUAGUUCGCUGACGCAGAUGAAAAUGCUACAAGUUGUUAACAGCUCCACCAUAAUGUGUGUGGAGUUGAUUUAACAAAAGUCGCUCUUUGCGUCUUGGUUUUGUGUAAAUACCGAACAAGCGCGUACAGAUGGAAUACUGCUUGCAAUAUUGAUGCAGUGAAUGGGGCACAGGCAAAUUAAAGGCAAGGCAGUCUGAUCAAGAUCGUGCUAAUGCCCACACGAAAUGUUUGAUAACAUAGAACGUUUCAUGCGCGGUUUUAUGCCCCCGGAUCGAAUGAUCGGGGGUAUAUUGUUUU